CUGCGAAAUGCCAAAUACAACCCAACCUUAGUUUGUUGCUCGUCGUUCGUGAUUCAGACAAAACUCCAGAGACAGAAAAAGAAAACAAAGGCAGGAGCAGCAAUGAGAGUUGUUCCGGUGGACGACGGCCUCCAGAGGGCCAGCCUUAGCGGCGGCGGUUACAGAGACGCCGAAUCCCUCUUCCGGUCCAAACCAAUCUCCGAGAUCCGAACUGCCGAAUCCACCACUCGCUCUCUCAUUCAGCAGAAGCAAGACGAUCUCCGCCGUCUCGUCGGCACUCGCUAUCGCGAUCUCAUCGACUCCGCCGACUCCAUUCUUCUUAUGAAACAAUCCUCUCUUUCCAUUUCCUCCAAUCUCUCCUCAAUUCAACUUUCUCUCUCUUCCCUCACUCCUCACACUCACAAUCACAUUCCUAAUGACAGAAAUGAUUCUUCUUCUAAUGAGGAAUCUCAGAGAUCUCGCAUCUACGCCAUGGCCUGUCGCGUUAAGUACCUCGUCGACGCUCCCGAGCACAUCUGGGGUUGCCUUGACGAGUCCAUGUUCCUUGAAGCCGCUUCCAGGUUCGUACGUUCCAAACAUGUUCAUCUCCGUCUCAAUGCCGAUCUCAACGACUCCGAUCGCCGCCGAUUCGGAGUUCUUCUGCAGCAUCAAUGGCAGAUCGUCGACGGCUUUAAGGCUCAGAUCUCGCAGCGCGCCAGAGAUCGUCUCUCCGAUCGAGAUCUCCCGAUCGGAUCCUACGCCGACGCCAUGGCCUCUGUUUCCGUAAUCGACGAUCUCUCUCCGGAACGGAAUCUGUCUCUGUUUCUCGAGAGCAGGAAGACGUGGAUUUCGCAGACGUUGUUGAAUAGGGAUUCCGAUGAGGAUGAUGACGUCGUUAGGGUUUUCCUUGAGGUUCUGAGGACGAUUCAGGUGACGGUUGGGCAAGUCGGAGAGCUUUUCUUGAGGGUUUUGAACGAAUUGCCCCUGUUUUACAGGGUCGUGCUGGGUUCUCCUCCCGCGUCUCAGCUGUUCGGCGGAAUUCCCUAUCCGGAAGAGGAGGUCAAGCUUUGGAACUCAUUUAGGGAUCAGCUUGAGUCCGCCAUGGCGAUUCUCGACAGAGACUGCAUUGCCAAGGCAUGCUCCUCGUGGGUGAGGGAAUGUGGAAGAGAGAUGGUUGCCAAGAUCAACGGGAGGUUUCUCAUUGACGCCGUGGGAAGCGGCCGAGAGCUCGCUGCCGCCGAGAAGGCGAUAAGGGAGACGAUGGAGAGCAAGGAGGUCUUGGGAGGGAGCCUGGAAUGGCUGAGAAGCGUUUUCGGAGGAUCUUCCGAGAUCGAGUUGCCGUGGAGUCGGAUGCGUGAGCUUGUUCUGGGAGAUGAUUCCGAUCUGUGGGACGAUAUUCUUGAGGACGCAUUUGUGGGGAGGAUGAAGGCAAUCGUCGAUUCAAGGUUCGGAGAAAUGGCGAGCGUUGUGAAUGCGGUGGGAGGAGAAGCCGUUGGUGGUGAAUGUGGGCUUGGUUUUGGUGGCGUUUGGUUUGUAGACUCCAAUGCUAAGAAGGUUUCACUAUCUGGGUUAAAAGCGAAAAGCUCUCCUGAAGAGAGUAAUGAGUUCAAGAGUUGUCUCAAUGCGUAUUUUGGUCCCCAAAUUAGUGGGAUAAGAGAUGCUGUGGAUAACUGUUGCCAGAGUGUUCUUGAGGAUGUUCUGAGUUUCUUGGAAUCUCCAAAGGCAUCUCUUAGGCUAAAGGCUUUGGCCCCAUAUCUGCAAUCCAAGUGUUAUGAUAGUCUUUCCAUUAUAUUGAAGCAACUCAAACAGGAGAUUCAUGAUCUAGAGGAAGCUGCCAUGGGAGGUGGGCAAGACAAGGAAGGAGUCCAGAGGGCUCUUUUCGUUGGAAGACUGUUGUUUGCAUUUCUCAACCACUCAAAGCAUGUUCCUGUGAUUUUGGGUCCUCCAAGGUUUUGGGUCAAUGAAACCGUGUCUGUGGUUUUUGAUAGAUUACCGUUGUUGUUGCGGGCUGAUUCUUCAGUUGUUGAUGGUGAGGCAAGACGAGCGUCCGCUGGCUCGAAAAGGCAUACUUCGUUGGCUACCGCCGCAUUGCUUGGGGCGGAUGAAAGCGCGAGCCCCAAACUAGAGGAACUCACUUCGACUUUGCGAGACCUUUGCAUUCGAGCUAAUGGAUUGUGGAUAUCGUGGUUGUCUAACGAGCUCUCUAUUAUUCUAUCACGUGAGCUUGAGCAAGAUGAUGCUUUGACAUCAACAGCUCCCUUGCGGGGCUGGGAAGAGACUGUAGUCAAACAAGAUCAGUCUAAUGAUAGCCAUUCAGAGAUGAAAAUAUUGCUCCCAUCUAUGCCUUCUCUCUAUAUUGUGUCAUUUCUAUUCCGUGCAUGUGAAGAAGUUCACAGGAUUGGAGGUCAUGUACUUGACCGGACAAUUUUGCAAAAUCUUGCACUAAGCCUAUUUGAAAAGGUUAUCGCUGUUUAUGGGAACUUUCUAUCCACGAAAGAGGCCAGUGGAUCUCAAAUGUCAGAAAAAGGAGUCUUGCAGGUCUUAUUAGACUUGAGAUUUGUUGCCGAUGUUCUUUCAGGAGGUGAUUCAAAUUUGAUUGAGGAGUCAUUGAAAGUUCCAAGAGCUAAAGUUCCUUUCAGACGGAAACAGGAUUUGAAACAGACAAAGUCUGUGGUCAGAGAGCGUAUCAAUGGCUUGAUAACUCAUCUUUCGCAAAGAUUGGAUCCGAUUGACUGGCUUACGUAUGAGCCAUAUCUCUGGGAGAAUGAGAGGCAAUCAUACCAACGGCAUGCUGUCCUCUUUGGUUUCUUUGUACAGCUCAAUCGCUUGUACACAGAUACUGUUCAGAAACUACCUACUAAUUCGGAGUCCAAUAUCAUGAGAUGUUCUUCUGUUCCUCGCUUCAAAUACCUUCCUAUCAGUGCUCCUGCAUUGUCUUCACGAGGGACAACUAAGGCAUCUCUUUCAACAUCUGCGGAAGAUAUAUCUUCAAGAAGUUCCUGGAAAGCUUACACAAAUGGUGACCUUUCUGAGAAGAUUGAUAUGGAUGACAGCUCUAGUUUUGGGGUUGCUACACCUUUCUUAAAAUCUUUUAUGCAGGUUGGUAGCAAAUUUGGAGGAAGCACGCUGAAAUUGGGAUCCAUACUCACAGAUGGGCAAGUGGGUAUAUUCAAAGACAGAUCCACUGCGGCAAUGUCAACAUUUGGCGAUAUUCUACCAGCCCAAGCUGCAGGUCUUCUUUCAUCCUUCACUGCAUCCAAAUCGGACUCCUGAUUGCACCACGAAUUGUUCAAUCCUAUGUCAGUUCCAAGAUGGAUACGUGAAGAAUAAGUGUUGAAACUCAGAGCUGAGGAGGCUAUGCCACUAGAGCUAUAUCCCGCACCAAAAGGGUAGGCGUACGGCAAGGACAAUUUUGGAGAUGUCGAUAAGGCAUUUUAUCUUAUUCGUCAAAGGAAGAAACGAACUAAGUUUAUGAGAGGAAUUAUUGGUCCGACAGUAUGUAGCUGGCUUUCCUGGGGUUACCCUUAUGGUCGGUCUACUUUGAAGUGGAAACGUAAUGAUAUGAACCGAAAAUAUUGCCCGGAGUAGGGUGGUGAUGCUUCAAACAGAUAGUAACAUUAAGGGAAAAGUUCAUAUUAGAGAUAACACAUGAAAUGUAAGCUUAGUUUUCCAAUUCAAAGCAUUGAAUUCGUUAGUUUUGAUGUACAUAGAAAUCAAACAUUCACAUGGGGUCAUUCUUUCACUUUGCGUCAGAGAUUUGUUAUGUUCCUUUCGGAUGUAUAGCAGAUAUUGCAAUGUGUUUUUUGAGCUUCGUAUAGAGAACGAGAUAUUGAACUUCU